AUGUAUAAAUGGGGGGCCAGGAGGCGGUGGAGGCACCAACCACAGGAAGCUGCCUUGCUGUGCCACCUCUCACAUCUCAGGCAGCCCUGUCCAGCAUGGCCAAACGUCCUCUGCUGCUGCUGCUGGCCAUGGGGGUGCUGGCUGGGGAGCUGUGGACCGAGGCCCAGGCAGCACCCUACGGAGUGAAGCUUUGCAGCCAUGAAUUCAUCCGAGCAGUCAUCUUCACCUGUGGGGGCUCCCGGUGGAGACGGUCAGACAUCCUGGCCUAUGAAGCUAUGGGGGAUGCCUUCCCAGACGCAGACUCCAAUGCAGACAGCGAGCUGGAUGAGGCAGUGGCCUCCAGCGAGUGGCUGGCCCUGACCAAGUCCCUCCAGGCCUUCUAUGGAGGCUGACCGGGCUGGCAGGGCACCCCAGGGGCUCUGCGGGGCAGCCGCGAUGACCUGGCUGGCCUCUCCAGCAACUGCUGCAAGUGCGGGUGCAGCAAGAGUGAAAUCAGCAGCCUCUGCUAG